CUCAUCAUCAGCAUCAUCUCCUCUCUCUUACCAGCAGCGAGAAACCUCUUCUUCUUCCUCCUCCUCCUCCUCCUCUUCCUCAGCGCGAUCUGUCGGUACCGGCGUCUGCGGCGCGAUGCGCGAUGGGUCAGGCGUGCGGACACUCUCUGCUCUGCCGUAGCCAGCAGUACCGGACCCCGGCGGCGGCCGAACUACGCGGACAGCAAGUGUUUCUGAGAGCCGACGACACACCUGCUGCUGCCCUGCCCUCCCUACAGGAUGCAUUGCUGCAGUUGGCCUCCGUUGUUGAUGUCAGCAGCCUUCAGACGACCUUCAAAGAUGUGCUCAGAGUUGUCCUGCCAAACGUGGAGUGUGUGUUCGUGUACCUGUUGGAGGCGGAGUCUCGGCUGCGAUGUGAGGAUCCGCCCCAUGAGGUGCCGCCAGAGGGCAAGCUCAGAGACGCGGUGAAGCAGCAGAAGAGACUGCAGUGCUCCGGCCUGCCAUCAGCAGAACUCCAUCAGAAACAGAGCGGAUCACUGAGCACACCACUGCCGGCCCACAAACGAGCGCUUAUCAUUCCUCUGGUGGACAGUGAUGAAGGGAAGGUGAUCUCUCUGAUUCUGCUCUGCUGUAAACCACUGACAGAACAAGAUGAACAAAACCUCAACAUCCUGGAGAAACAUCUCACCGUGGCCUGCAAGCGAGUCAGAGACAUUCAGAGAUGCUCCAAACGGCCACACACUCAAUCCCACAAUGCACCAGCCGAGCCCAAAGCCAGCAUACAGGCAGAGGACUACAGAGAGCUCGACCGCAAGAUCCUACGACUGUGUGGUGAGCUGUAUGAUCUGGACGCCGCCUCCCUGCAGCUCAAAGUCAUCAAUUAUUUGCAGACAGAAACUCAGUCGCAGUGCUGCUGUUUACUGCUGGUGUCUGAAGACAAUCACCAGCUCUUCUGUCAGGUUGUUGGUGAUAAAGUUUUGGAAGAGGAAAUCAGUUUUCCGCUUAUGUUCGGUCGCUUCGGGCAGGUGGUGGAGACAAAGAAAUCCAUUACACUACAGGACGUCAGCCAGGAGGAACGCGGGUUACUGAGCAGUUUGUUGGGGUUCGAGCCGAACUCCAUGCUUUGUGUUCCUGUUAUCAGUCAAGCCACUGGACAGGUGGUGGCGCUAGCGUGUACCUUCAACAAACUGUGUGGACAGAGGUACAUGGAGGCGGAUGAGCAUGUGAUCCAGCACUGUUUCUGUUACACGUCGACGGUUCUCACCAGCACACUGGCCUUCCAGAAAGAGCAGAAACUCAAGUUUGAGUGUCAGGCUCUGCUGCAAGUGGCUAAAAACCUCUUCACGCACCUCGAUGACGUGUCUGUGUUACUGCAGGAGAUCAUCAUCGAGGCCAGAAACCUGAGCAACGCUGAGAUUUGUUCUGUGUUCCUGUUGGAUCACUUCAGUCAUGAGCUCGUGGCCAAAGUGUUCGAUGGAGGAGUCGUGAACGAUGACGAGGUACAAUAAACAUCUGCUUGUGAUUGGGGAGUUGCUGGUCAUGUGGCCACCACUGGGAAAAUUCUGUUUUACCGCGGAGUGGACGACAGCACGGGCUUCAGGACGCGAAACAUCCUCUGCUUCCCCAUCAAAGAUGAGAACGAAGAGGUGAUCGGUGUGGCAGAACUGGUGAAUAAAACCAAUGGCCCGUGGUUCAAUCGUUUCGAUGAGGAUCUGGCAACCGCGUUCUCCAUCUACUGCGGCAUCAGCAUCGCUCAUUCUCUGCUGUAUAAGAAGGUCCAUGAGGCUCAGUUCCGCAGUCAUCUGGCCAAUGAGAUGAUGAUGUACCACAUGAAGGUGUCGGAGGAGGAGGUCACUAAACUCCUGCACAGCGGCAUCGAGCCGGUCCAGAAGAUCCACCCGGACUUCUCUGAGUUCACGUACACGCCGCGCUCUCUGACGGACGACAGCACGCCGAUGGGCGUCCUGAGCAUGUUUGAAGACAUGGGCUUCAUCAACACCUAUAAGCUCGACCUGCACACUUUAGCCAGGUUUUGUCUGAUGGUGAAGAAGGGCUACAGAGACCCUCCGUAUCACAACUGGAUGCAUGCCUUCUCCGUCUCACACUUCUGUUAUCUGCUUUACAAGAACCUACAACUGUCCAACUACCUCGAAGAUAUAGAGAUUCUGGCGCUCUUUGUGUCCUGCAUGUGUCACGAUCUGGACCAUCGAGGAACCAACAACUCCUUCCAGGUGGAUUCGCAAUCUGUCCUGGCGGCCCUUUACAGUUCAGAGGGAUCUGUGAUGGAGAGACAUCACUUCGCUCAGGGCAUCGCCAUCCUCAACACACAAGGCUGCAACAUCUUUGAGAAGUUCUCCAGAAAGGACUAUCAGCGGAUGCUGGAUCUGAUGAGAGACAUCAUCCUGGCCACAGAUCUGGCUCACCAUCUGAGGAUCUUCAAGGACCUGCAGAAGAUGGCUGAUGCCGGUUAUAACCCGAGGAGUCAAACCCAUCGCAGUCUGCUGCUGUGUCUCCUCAUGACCUCCUGUGACCUCUCUGACCAGACCAAGGGCUGGAAAACCACCAGGAAGAUCGCGGAGCUGAUCUAUAAAGAGUUCUUCUCUCAGGGAGAUCUGGAGAAGGCGAUGGGAAACAGACCCAGUGAGAUGAUGGAUCGGGAGAAAGCCUACAUCCCUGAGCUCCAGAUCAGCUUCAUGGAGCACAUCGCCAUGCCCAUAUACAAGCUCCUGCAGGAGAUUUUCCCGCGUUCGGCUGAGCUUUACGAGCGAGUGGCCGCUAACCGCGAGCAGUGGGCCAAAGUCUCGCACAAGUUCACCAUCCGCGGACUACCGAGCAACAACUCGCUUGACUUCCUGGACGAGGAGUUCGAGCUGCUGCAGUCUCAAGGAGCCUUCGGAGACGAUUCGCAUCGCAUGAACGGUUGCCUGGACGACGACUGCGACAAACACAACCAAUGACGUCGCUAGGGCAAAGGUCACCUGACAGAUUGUGUCUUGGUAAAAUUCCGUAGUUACCGACGAGGCUUUGAGGAAAGGUUCGUUGUGUCCUUUUUGCCGUUGCUAUGGAGACGGGUUUUGCACGGUGAAGGGUGGAUGGUGCUGCGCAGUCAGCGGAGUGUGUAAUGUUACACAGAUAUUUGGACUGAAAAAAGUUAUAUUCUCACUGGCCCCACUGUAAUAGCUAAACAUGUAAAAAUGAAAAAUCACAUAUCACCUAAACAACCAGUUGUAACAAUUAGCCCAGUGUUACAUUUUUAAAAGUUGUAACAAUUACAGGGGUCUAGUGAUACAUGCUUAAAUCAGUGUUAAGUUUUUAGAACUUGUAACAGUUGCAGCUGCCUGGUGUUACAGUGUUACAUUUUUGAAACUUGUAACAAUUCCAGAAGCCUGUUGUUGCAGUUGAAGAGCAUGUAAUACUUCCUGCUGCUUGGUGUUACAUUUUUACAACUUGUAACAAUUCUAGCAGACCAGUGUUACAUUUCUAGAACUUGCAACAAUUCCAGCAGCCAGUCACGUUUUUUUUUUUUUAGAACUUGUUAUAGUUCCAGCUGGCAAGCGUUACAUUUUUAGAAUUUGUAACAAUUCCAGCAGCCUGAUGUUACAUAAAAAAAAAUAAUAAUCUUGUAACAGUCCUGGGAGCCCAGUGUUACAUUUUUAACCCUGUAACAAUUCCAGCAGCCUGGUGUUACAUUUCUAGAACUUGUAAGAAUUCCAGCAUUCUGAUGUUACAUUUUUAAAACUUGUAACAAUUCUGGGAGCCCAGUGUGUUUCCAGCUGCCCAAUGUUACAUUUUUAGAAUAUUUUUUUUAGUAGUUAUUUUGUUGCACAUCCAAGCAGAAGCUAACUGAAAUCCUACAAGAAAAACCAAGCCACUGUUUUCUUUUCUGCGUCCUCAGCAAACAGAAAUUGUCAGACGAAACAGAUCUUUGGAUAAUUAAUCUUUUGCUUUCAACCAAUUUCGCCCCGCAGAUGUCAGUUCUCCCUGUUUACACAGAAAAACGCAACACAACAGCAUUUCUCCAUUCCCCAAAACCCAAAGCAAUCAUUGGCAAUCUCAGUCAAGCGUGCAGCGAGCGAUCAGAGCGUGUGUGCCGUGAAAACACACGGACCCCGGAGACCUUCUGAAAGCGACGUGGAGAAACUGUUUGAAGCUCUGUACAUAUAGUUGUGUGUUUUAAAGGGCUACGCGGCCCUCACACUUUUCUUUCUCAGGAUGGCAGAAUGUGUGCGUCAAAUGGAUCUUGCCUUACAAAUGUUUGCGUUGCCUUCCUGAGUGACUUUAAAAGAGAUCUAUGUAUAAAAAUGUCUGGCCUAUCUAUGUACAGUUCUGAAGCUACAUGGAUAUAUAGAGAUAUCUAUCUGCCGUGUGUAAAUGUGUGUUUGCACAGGUGUGACGGUAAGUGCAUUUGCCACAGGCCACAAAGGAACAGAAAACAACGAGAGUGAUGUCAGUUUUAUGAUUUAACCUGAUGUCAGUUUAAUAUUAACCUGCAGUGGAGUGUGAAUUUCACAAAAACUCCAUCAUAUUUCACAGCAAAAUCAAAAGAAUAAAAUGUUACAUAAAUUUUAUGAUAAAAAUUUUGCAUUAAAUAUUAAGCCUGUUUUUAACACCAAUAUCAUUGUAAUAUAUAUAUAUAUAUAUAUAUAUAUACUAUAUAUAUAUAUAUAUAUAUAUAUAUAUAUAUAAACCUUUUUUUCAUUAAUGUCAUAAUGAAAAAUGUCAAUGUUAUAAUGGUCCUAAAAACAUGUCUUCAUGCAAAUUUUUUAUUUAUUUAUUUAUUUUAGAUUAAUUAUGACCUGCUGUGUUUGAAAGGAGAAAUAUAUAUAUAUAUAUAUAUAUAUAUAUAUAUAUAUAUAUAUAUAUGACUUCAUGCUGGCAGUCAAUUUUAAAUAAUUUAAAUGCUUUCUUAUAGUUUCCUAUUCCUCCAUUGUAUUUUAAGUUAAUUAUUACAGAUAUGAUGCUAUUGUUUUCUUGUGCAACAAGUGGUUUUUGCAUCGCCUCGUGUACAUAACAUCCAUUUCUAAAUGAUUUUUUUUUUUUUACACACACACUGAUUUAAUGAAUCUAUUUUCUGGUAUUUGUACGCGUUUGUACCUGUAAGUGACGGUAAAUAACAUUGUUUUUCUUUUGUUUGGAAUAAAAACAUUCUCUCGUGCCAUUCA